AGAGCUAAUCACUUAUAUUCACCGCUGUGGAAUUUGCAAAGCGAUGAUAUGCGUUGAUUAGUUAGUUGGUGGUGGUGUCUUAUUGCAGUUGUGUUUGUGGAAGGAUGGCUUCUUUUACAGAUAAACCAAGUGAUACACAGUUGGACGAAUUGGAAGAAGGUCUUGAAGCUGAGUUAGCUGCUGCCGAAGCUCGUUUAGCAGAUAGUAGAAAUCGUCCCUUUGGAGAAAGAGGUCCUGAGUUGUUGGAACAAGUAGAACGUCUACGAAGAAAACAGUUUGAAGUGUACAUAGACCAAGCUGAACUUGAAAGAAGAUUUCCCUUUCCAUCUAAGAAAUUCUCUUCUUCGGGGGAGAAAGAAGACUUAUCAUUUGGAACUUUUGCAGAGUCUUUGAGAGAACGUGAAGUGGCCACUGAUAGAAUUCUCCAAAAAAUAACUGACUUGGACGUUGAGCUUCGUUCUGUAUUAACUAAAGUAAGGCAGAACGCUGGAGAAACUUUCUCUUCUUUGUCCUCCAGUUGAUAUGCGUUUCUUUUUAUCAGUAAAGUUUUUCAUCCCAAUCUACUCCUUUUUUAAAUUUUCAUGAUUCUCUCUGUAAGUCUCUCAAGGAAAAGAUCGGCUGGGAUUCUCUAGUCAUAACACAACU